GAGUUACUGAUAUACUGUAAUUCUCUGUUAAAUCUUAUUAAUCUUUCUUUGCACACUUGCCUUUUUCUUCUCUCUCUCUGGAUCUUCAGUCAAAAUUCUCACUUUCUGGCUCUCAGAUCCUCUGUAAUUGAUAUAAUCUAACCUUACUCCUUUCUUCCUGGCCCGAAGUUAUCGUUCAAUUUGUUCGCUUCGGGCUGGAAUCAUUCCUCAAUUUGGAGAUUUUGUGUAUUUUGGUCGUGUUAGGGUUCGUUUAAGAGGAAUUCAAGCUGGAGCAAUUAAAGACCAUUGGGCGGGAGCUGGCAAUGGGCUCCCAAGGAGGGUUUGGGCAAUCCAAGGAAUUCCUUGACCUAAUAAAAUCUAUUGGAGAAGCUCGAUCCAAGGCGGAAGAAGAUCGGAUUGUGCUGCAUGAAAUCGAGAUGCUCAAGCGGCGGAUAUCGGAGCCGGAUAUUCCGAAGAGGAAGAUGAAGGAGUACAUUAUCAGGCUUGUUUAUGUGGAGAUGCUUGGGCAUGACGCAUCUUUUGGUUACAUUCAUGCGGUCAAGAUGACUCAUGAUGAUAAUAUACAUUUGAAGAGGACUGGGUAUUUAGCUGUUACCCUUUUCUUGAAUGAGGAUCAUGAUUUGAUUAUUUUGAUUGUAAAUACUAUACAGAAGGACCUGAAAUCGGAUAACUAUUUGGUUGUUUGUGCCGCAUUGAAUGCUGUUUGUAAGUUGAUCAAUGAGGAGACUAUACCUGCUGUGCUGCCUCAAGUUGUAGAGUUGUUGGGACAUCAAAAAGAGGCUGUUAGAAAGAAGGCUAUCAUGGCAUUGCACCGGUUUUAUCAGCGAUCACCUUCUUCUGUUAAUCACCUUGUAUCCAAUUUCCGAAAGAGGCUGUGCGACAGUGAUCCAGGAGUUAUGGGUGCAACUCUUUGCCCACUUUUCGAUCUCAUUACAAUCGAUGUCAAUUCUUAUAAAGAUUUAGUUACCAGUUUUGUAAGCAUUCUGAAACAAGUGGCUGAACGCAAACUGCCAAAGAGCUACGAUUAUCAUCAAAUGCCAGCUCCUUUUAUCCAGAUAAAACUUUUGAAGAUCCUGGCACUUUUGGGUAGUGGUGACAAGAAGGCCAGUGAACAAAUGUAUACUAUUAUAGGAGAUAUAAUGCGAAAAUGUGAUUCAACCAGUAAUAUUGGGAAUGCCGUUCUUUACGAGUCUAUAUGCUGUAUUUCCUCCAUACAUUCCAGCCCCAAACUUUUGGAAUCUGCUGCUGAUGCAAUUUCCAAAUUUUUGAAGAGUGAUAGUCAUAAUCUGAAGUAUCUCGGCAUUGAUGCUCUUGGUAGGUUGAUAAAGCUGAGUCCAGAAGUUGCUGAGCAGCACCAACUUGCUGUCAUAGAUUGUCUGGAGGAUCCAGAUGAUACCCUCAAGAGGAAGACAUUUGAACUGCUGUAUAAAAUGACCAAGUCAUCAAAUGUUGAAGUAAUUGUUGACCGCAUGAUUGAUUACAUGAUAAGCAUUAAUGAUAACCAUUACAAGACGGAAAUAGCAUCCCGGUGUGUUGAACUUGCUGAGCAAUUUGCACCAAGCAACCAAUGGUUCAUCCAGACUAUGAACAGGGUGUUUGAGCACGCAGGUGAUUUAGUUAACAUCAAGGUUGCUCAUAACUUGAUGCGUCUGAUUGCGGAGGGGUUUGGUGAGGAUGAUGAUACUGCAGAUAGUCAGUUGAGAUCUUCCGCAGUAGAAUCUUACCUAAGAAUUAUUGGAGAUCCAAAGCUUCCAUCUGCAUUUCUCCAGGUUAUUUGUUGGGUAUUGGGGGAAUAUGGAACUGCAGAUGGAAAGUAUUCAGCUUCGUAUAUUACCGGCAAACUUUGUGAUGUUGCUGAGGCAUACUCUACUGAUGAUAUUGUCAAGGCGUAUGCAAUAUCAGCACUUAUGAAAGUUUACUCUUUUGAAAUAGCAGCUGGGAGGAAAGUUGACAUCAUCCCUGAGUGCCAAUCACUCAUUGAAGAGUUGUUAGCAUCCAACUCAACAGAUUUACAGCAGCGUGCAUAUGAACUUCAAGGAAUCCUUGGUUUAGAUUCUCAUGCCCUUGCCAACAUAAUGCCGAUGGAUGCAAGUUGCGAAGACAUUGAGAUUGACAAAAGCCUUCCCUUCCUCAAUAAUUACGUUCAGCAGUCUCUGGAAAAAGGGGCUCAGCCUUACAUUCCUGAAAAUGAGCGGUCUGGAAUAAUAGAUGUCAGCAGUUUUAGAAGCCAGGAACAUCCUGAGACAUUAACUCAUUCCCUUAGGUUUGAGGCUUAUGAGCUACCGAAACCUGUGAUGCCAUCCCGAGUUACUCCAAGUACGCAAGCUUCAUCAAGUGAACUGGUUCCAGUACCUGAGCCAACUUAUCAUUCAGAGAGCCACCAAGCUGCACCAUCUUUCCCCUCUGCAUCUAGUACUGCAUCAGAACUAAAACUGAAACUUGAUGGGGUUCAAAAGAAAUGGGGUAGACCAACUUAUUCUACUGCGCCAUCCACUUCAAAUGCGGACACCCAGAAAUUUCAAAAUGGUGCUUCUCAGGUUGGAGCUGGUAGUAGUUCAAGUUUGAAAUCUCGCGAUCUGUCUUAUGAUUCAAGGAAGCAGCCUAUAGAAAUAUCUCCAGAAAAGCAAAAACUUGCUGCUUCACUUUUUGGGGCUGCUUCAAAGUCCGAUAACAGGCAAUCUGCUUCUAGCCAAAAGGGUUCAAAGGCUCAGAUUCGCGCUGCAGAAAAAUCUCAAGCUGUUAAGAAUGCAACUCCUGAUACAGUGACGAGAGAGAUAACCGUCCAGCCACAGCGUGACUUACUUGAUUUAGGAGAAACCUUUCCCACUAAUCUACAAUCCGUGGAUCCUUUCAAGCAAUUGGCAGGUCUCCUUGACCUUACACAAGAGACUUCAUCUUUGAAUUCUGUUGAAGGAGGUUCCAGUACGAUACCAAAAAUCACUUCGUUAUAUGGGGAAACAUCCUUGAACUUGCAGAAUGAGAAUGUUGCGAGCUCACUUUCCUCUGGUGGGGAUGCUGUGGAUCUGCUUUCUGGAUUUUCAGAUGCACCAUCUAGCGGAAAUGGACAUGGAGGAAACAAUAUAACAAAUGCAACUCAGCAUUUGAGUAAGGGACCCAAUGCUAAAGACUCCUUGGAAAGGGAUGCACUCGUAAGGCAGCUGGGUGUGACACCAACCGGUCAAAAUCCCAAUUUGUUUAAAGAUUUGUUGGGCUGAAUUUGUGGUUGAUGUCUCAUAUAGUUUCUUUGGGUACAAUUGUUGUAUGAUUUUGCCAACCCAGUUCGGAGAAUAAAACUCGCAUAAGUUUUUCUAUAAUUUCAGAGGAUUAGAAUACAAUUGUAAAUUGGAUUGUCGGCAAAAUUGUAAUUUUUGAACUUGUAGAAUAGUCGAGCACUCGAGCUUUUAGUAUGUGCAUGGUUUUUUUUUUUUUUGUUUUUGAGUUUUCCGGGAACAUUGGUAUAUUGAAAUGGGAGAUUUUUGUUUUCGUCAUCACGACGAUGUUUCCAUGUAUGGUUACACGCUUAUAUGAUGAUUUAUUAAUGUGGUUGGAACAAGAUUUUCAGUAACUCCUAAAUAACUUGGGAAGUAAAUAAUUUUCC